GUCAACCAAACAAAUUCAAGGAAAAGUUCAGUGAAAUGGUGGACUCUCCUGCAUAAACCCUAACGCGGAAAACUUCUCCCUCGCCUUCUUCUCGCGUCCGCCGCGAGCAGAUCAGACGCCUCCGCCGCCCUCGGCUUCCUUCCUUCUCCCGUCCGCCGGCCCAAGAAUCCUCGCCGUGCCCUCGUGCCCUCCCUCGGGCCGACAAGGCUUAUCUCCCCCUCCCUCCUUCUCGCGUCCGCCGCGAGCAGAUCAAAAGACUCCGCCGCCCUCGGCUUCCCUCCCUCGCAGCCUUCACUCGUCCACCCAACGAAUCUAGGGUUUCUCUCGAAUUGCAGUUUUGAUUUUAUAAGUGGAAGUUCUUCAUGGCGGAAGAGUCAAUGACAGGGAGAGAUGACGAGCAGGUUGUGAACCCGUGGGAGGUGACGGCGAAGGACGGCGGGAAGAUCGACUAUGACAAGUUGAUCGAGAAGUUCGGGUGCCAGAGGCUGGAAGAAUCGCUUGUGCAGCGCGUCGAGCGGCUCACCGGUCGCCCUGCUCAUGUCUUCCUCCGCCGCGGCGUCUUUUUUGCCCAUAGGGAUUUUAAUGAGAUACUAGAUGUAUAUGAGAGGGGCGAGAAGUUCUUCCUCUACACCGGGAGAGGUCCCUCUUCCGAGGCAUUGCAUUUGGGACAUUUGGUUCCCUUCAUGUUCACCAAGUACUUGCAGGAUGCUUUCAAAGUUCCUCUUGUAAUACAGCUAACUGAUGAUGAGAAGUGCAUGUGGAAGAAUCUAACUGUGGAAGAGAGUAAAAGGCUUGCUCGUGAGAAUGCAAAAGAUAUAAUUGCAUGUGGAUUUGACAUAACAAGAACCUUCAUUUUCUCAGAUUUCAGCUAUGUUGGAGGUGCCUUCUAUGAGAAUAUGGUCAAAGUUGCAAAAUGUGUCACCUUUAAUAAGGUCGUGGGGAUAUUUGGUUUCACGAAUGAGGAUCACAUUGGUAAAAUAAGCUUUCCUCCUGUUCAGGCUGUUCCAUCAUUCCCUAGUUCAUUUCCACAUAUCUUCUCAGGCAAAGACAAUCUUCGUUGUUUGAUACCAUGUGCCAUUGACCAGGAUCCUUACUUCAGAAUGACACGAGAUGUUGCUCCUAGAAUAGGCUAUCAAAAACCUGCAUUAAUUGAGUCAUCAUUCUUCCCGGCUCUUCAGGGUGAGACAGGAAAGAUGUCUGCUAGUGAUCCAAAUUCUGCUAUAUAUGUGACAGAUUCAUCUAAAGACAUAAAAAACAAGGUUAACAAGUAUGCAUUCUCUGGUGGCCAAGACUCAAUAGAGAACCACAGGAAAUAUGGAGCAAAUCUGGAGGUUGAUAUUCCUGUCAAGUACCUGAGUUUCUUUCUUGAAGAUGAUGCCAAACUUGAUCACAUAAAGAAGGAGUAUGGAGCUGGGCGAAUGUUAACUGGUGAAGUAAAAAAGUGUCUGAUAGAGGUUCUGUCUGAAAUGGUAGAGAGGCAUUGCAAGGCUCGGGCAUUGGUCACUGAUGAGGUAGUUGAUGCCUUCAUGGCUGUGAGACCUCUUCCCUACAUGUUCAGCUAGAAAGGCUUUGUGAGACAAUUUUCACCAACACUUAACAUUAAAUUGCAUUUCGUUCCUUGAACUAACAAUCAUCCAAUUUAUGAAAUGGAAGUGUUUAUUGCUAGAACAUUUUAGUUUUGUAAUUUAGUUAUCAUUAAGUUUCAAAUUGGCUUCUAGUGUUUGAAUC